AUGCCUCAAGCAGAGUCCGGAAACUCGUCUGCCUUCAGUUUACAAGAAAAGUUCAGAGCUGGAAAUGUGGACGCUGGAGAGAAAGUUGCGUUCGGAUAUGGAAUUAUUCAUAGGGAAAGAACUUAUGUUUACAUGCAAGACGACCCCUGUCCAUAUCAAAUCGUCGUUGUUGGACCAAUAAACAAGCAGCAUGGUCAAUACGAAUACGUGAUUCUAUCCAACUGGGCAAGAUUCCCAAUGAUAGGUCUUGUUCGGGACCUUCGCAAAUUCUAUGCUGAGUACAAGGACCAAGUAGAGACCGACUUGGAAAAAGCUGGUUUUAUGGAUGAUGUAACGGGAAGCAACCCAAUCCAUUACGCCGAUUGGUCAAAGUGCCGGAAAGCAACUCCUAUCAACUAUCUUUCCAAUGUAUUGACAGAUUUGUUUGGAUAA